GCAUGCGCCCCCUCCACUACGCAGCGUGGCAGGGCAAAGCAGACUCUGUGUUAUUGUUGCUGAGAGCCGGAGCUUCAGUCAACUCCACUUCCAAUGACGGACAGAUGCCGUUACAUCUCUCUGCUCAGUAUGGACACUACGAGGUGUCUGAGAUGUUGCUGCAGCACCAGUCUAAUCCCUGCCUGAUGAACAAGGGGAAGAAGACUCCUCUAGAUCUGGCCUGCGAGUUUGGGAGACUGAAGGUGGCUCAGUUGCUGCUGAGCAGUAACAUGGUGGCGGCGCUGUUGGAAGGGGAUGGAGGGCACGACAACAUGGACUCUCCAUCCACCACUCCCCUCCACCUGGCAGCCAGGAAUGGACACAAAGACAUAAUCAAGUUGCUGCUCAAAGCCGGUAUUGACAUCAACAGAGCCACCAAAGCCGGGACGUCUCUACAUGAGGCUGCCCUCUAUGGAAAAACAGAAGUAGUGCGGCUGCUGCUUGAUGCGGGCAUCAAUGUGAACAUACGCAACACAUACAACCAGACAGCUUUGGAUAUCGUCAACCAGUUCACCACCUCCACAGCCAGCAGGGAAAUCAAACAGUUGCUGAGAGAGGCAUCAAGCUCUCUCCAGGUCAGAGCGGUGAAGGACUACUGGAACCUCCACGACCCCACCGCUCUUAACCUCCGGGCUGGAGAGCUUAUCAUGGUCCUGGAGCAGCACUCAGACGGCCGCUGGAAAGGUCACAUCCAUGACACCCAGCGGGGGACGGACCGGGUGGGCUUUCCCCCUUCAGUGGUGGAGGUCCUCAGCAGACGAGCAGGGGGCACUCUCUCCCGCCAAGCAUCAAUGCCUUCCCAACGACAACACUUAACGUCCAGAGUUUCUACCUCAAGCCAUGGCUCCACCCCUCAGACUGAUGACUCAUACACCCUUGGUCAUGAUCCCACAGGUGCUCCACCUGACAGUCAGCUCUGUGCCCCAGCUAGUCCUGCUAGCCCCGCUCAGGACAUUUGGGUCCUCAGGAGCUCUCCCACUGGUGACAGAAACAGUGUUGGGAGUGCGGGCAGUGUGGGCAGCAGCCGCAGCGCUGGCAGCGGCCAGAGCUCAGAGAGCGGCCACAGACAGAAUGGGAGUCAAAAUCGCCACAAUGCUGACACUGGCAAGCUGGCUCCCUCUGCUGGUGAAUCAGGAGACCACUUUGCAGGAGCAGACCACAACAAACAGGCAGAUGGAUCCACAGGUGGUUCCCGUCGACAAGUCAACGGCACUCCACAGAAAGGCUUCGUGAGGCCGGAAGAGCUUCUGGAGGGCAAGGACUCUGAGGCCAUCUACCAAUGGUUGUAUGAUUUCCAGUUGGAGCAGUACACAUCCAACUUCAUCAACGCAGGAUAUGAUGUACCCACCAUCAGCAGGAUGACCCCUGAGGACCUGACAGCCAUUGGAGUGACCAAACCAGGCCACAGAAAGAAGAUCUCAAUGGAGAUUGGCAAGCUGAGCAUCCCUGAGUGGCUGCCUGAUUACAUUCCUUUGGACCUGGGGGAGUGGCUGAGUAUGAUUGGACUUCCUCAGUACCAGAAGAGAUUGUGUGACAAUGGUUACGACUCCAUUACUAUCGUCAAAGACAUCACCUGGGAGGACCUGCAGGAGAUAGGCAUUACCAAACUGGGCCAUCAGAAGAAGCUAAUGUUAGCAGUGAAGAGACUCUGCGACCUGCAGCGCUCACGUAACCAAGCCGACAGGGCUGGAGGCGGGACCCUCCGAAGGAAGCCCCCCGCUGCCCUGGAAAUAGUGGCCAUCGAACACACACCAACACACAAUUCGCAGGCUCACGCUCCUUCUGACGACUGCUGCCCCUCCCCACGCACCCCCAGGGCGCUCCUCUCCUUCCAGGACAGCGAGUUGAGUGCAGAGCUGCAGAGCGCUAUGAUGGGGAGGGCCGGGAGAGGAGCCGCCGAGGCGUUCGGCAUCAGGGGUGUGCCCUCUUCAGCAGCGGCCAUGUCUGUCAGUCAGGAGAGCAUUAGCACGCGAUCACGUGGGUCGGGGAAUUCUGGAAAUUCAAAUUCAGGAUGUUCCCAGGAUCACCAAGUUGCCCCGUCUUCAGCCACAGUAUCCAGCCGGUCAGAGGAGAGUCUUGGGAGCGGUGCGGGGGAGGAAGCCAAGCACAGAGGAAGCAGUUCUGGAGGUAGAAGUGGACAGAGACCCACAGAGAUGUGGGAGCACCUGAGUCGCUCUUCUACCCCCAACAAACUCCCCUUCUCCCCUCUAACACCUCCGCUAACACCCAGCAAGAUGCCCCGCUUUGCCUACCCGGCCGUCCCACCCAAAGCCAAAAACUUCCAGUCCCCAAAUCGCCUCUAUCAGCCACAGCACCACCCGCCUUCCUCCCCUUCCUCCCCAUCCCCACAGCCUUCCCCCACACAGAAGGCCUUCAGUUACCUCCAUGCCCAGACAGGAGGCGUCAAUGGGGCUCCAUGGGUGCUCUCCAAACCUCUGCCUGGAGCGGUCCCUCUGCCUGGAGCGGUCCCUCUGCCUGGAGCGGUCCCUCUGCUGGUACCUCGGCCUGGAAAGGGCCCCGCUGAUGUCGCCCAGAGGGGACCACACAAAAAGCGCGCCCAAAGCCUGACUCGCUACGCUUUGUCCGACGGCGAGCCGGAUGACGAAGACGACCUCGCUCCCCACUGCUCCUCUGCCUCCUCUUCAGCCAUGCCCUCCUAUGCCACCCUAUCUCGCAGGCCGGGACGUGGACACACAAGCGCCUCAGGGACCCAACGGCACAUCAACCGCAGCCAAUCGUUUGCCGUGCGAUCACGACGCAAGGGCCCACCUCCGCCACCGCCCAAAAGGAUGAGUUCGGUAAGUGGCAGCCCGGUACGCCAACCAGGAAACGGGAAAGUGGGGGAGCCAGAGGUGAAGAAAGGGGGGGAGACGGAGGGAACAGGCAGCGUGAGGAGCAUCGCAGCCAGGCUAGAUGGAAGCAGCAGCUCCAGUCCAUCCCGGAGGAUAGAUAUACCACCAACUCAUAUCCAAGUUUCACCCGUUUUCAUUCCCAUUUCCUCUCCGAUUCCACGUGGGAUGAGUCCUCACAUCAUCCUACAGCACUGCAAACCUGUCCCUGCUCUGGGCCUGGGGGGCCUGAGGAGGACGGUUAGCGAGAGGACAGAAGUAGAGACUGCCAGACAAAGAGGUGGAGGCCCAGAGGGAACACCUGAGGACAAGGCAAGGAAAGGCGAUAGAGUGUCAAAGAGUGCUGCUGCGUCUCCAAAGCACAGCUCAGGUGACCACCUCCCUUUCGCUGAAGAAGGAAACCUCACCAUCAAACAGCGGCCCAGGAUAGCAGUUGUCGCUCGUGCAGACCCUGAAGUCAAGACCCCCAACAGCCUGGAGCUCCCAGAGUUCAAUCUGAAAGAGUCUGACACGGUGAAAAGACGACACAAACCCAAAGACUCAUUGACACCCGAGGAGGCUACCUCCCCCAACAGAGACUACAAACACCCACAAACCAACAGUCUCCACACACCUAACGAUGUCAGAGCGCUGAGCGAUGAUGAAUCUCAGAGGCCGGGGAAUGUGUUCCGUAGAGUAGGCUCCAUUGGAAAAGGCCCAAAGCCUCCAGUGUCCUCAAAACCUUCCAGUCCUCUAAAACAACCACAUAACAGCAAACCAACAAUCCUCCAGAUGUCAGUCUCUUCAGUACAAGCUAGUCCACAAACAGCCAUUCCUAAACUAACCAGCGUACAGAUACACACAGUCUCCCCGAAGCUGGGUGGCAUUGUACACACACAGACAUGUGUACCCGGCCUCACACCUGUGAACCCACAGACAGUGAUGUCCAAACCACAGAGUCCACAUAAAGCUGCUGGUUUGUCUGUAUCAAGACUCCCUCAACCCAGCAUGGUCCCGGCAUCAACAGCAGGACUGAACCUCAUUCUGGUCCAGAGUGUUGCGUUCACUGCUUCGUCCUCUCCGGCUCCAGCCCCUUCCUACCCCACCUCGGCCCCACCAGGUAAGGCAGUAAAAGCGGGGACAUCCCUGUCUGGUGCGGCCGGUCUGGAGGUGCUGGCUCAGAAGAGGCUGGAGCAAACCAGUACGUCGCUGGAGGCUGCUCUCAAAGUGGUGGAGAACAAACUGGCACAGGGGAGCAGUGCGGACAGUGGCAACAGCACAGUGAAGGCAGCAGGGAAUAUUCUGGAUGACAUCGGCAACAUGUUUGAUGACCUGGCUGACCAGCUGGACGCCAUGUUGGAGUGACGCUCCUGAACUCUGCGUCACAAAGUUCCUUUCUUAGGAGACCGAUGGACAAACAUACCAAGAAGACUGAGAAGCCAGCAAGCAGGAGAUCAAGAUGAUCCUCAGAAGCUGGUA